AUGAGACUCCCCGCCAUUUCUGUAGCUGCCACACCGGUGUGUAUUCCUCAUAACACACCUCCUGCCCGACAGAGUCGCUGCCUGGUUGUCACUCCCAUGACUUUUCCUCUCAUCUCAGAAUCUACUCAGCUGUGGAAAAGUAAUCAGAGUAUUCCAAGACUGAACCCAUUACAUCCACCAUUGGCCCAUAAACGCACCAUCAGUCUGGAGACGCCAGCUGUUCACCACCACAACCACCAGAGGACACUGAUCAUGCAGAGGAGAGAGCAUUACAGGUAUCAUCAGGUAUGGCGAAAACCCUUUUUUGGAACCAGCAGUGAGAGAGAAGAAUACAGGAAGGAGUUGCGCGACCAGUUAAACAGGCAAAUAGAGGAGAAAUGUGUUGCACUGAGGCUGCAGCUGGCAAGUAAAGUGAAGGAGGCAGAGUAUGCACGUGAGGUGGACUGCCUCGCCCUGUCCAGUGAAAGAGAGCAAAGGAUCCAACACAUCAAAGCAAUGUCAGCGUACAGAGAUGAAAACAAGAAGCUAAUGGAGCAGAGCUGGAGAGACAGAGCACUAACACGGUCCCAGGAGGCCAUGAAGGAGAGAGAGCUGCUGCGCCUCAACCCCAUCAACUGGAGUGGAACACUGAAAUAGGUUGAACCUUAACAUCCAGAGUCACAACUGCAGACUCCAGCCUCACUGUAGCUCAUCAAUGUGCAUGAGUGUCAGAUGAAAAUGGGAUGCAACAUGUAUAGUACAUGUACUUAGUGUUGUGAUGACCACUGAACAGAUUUCAGAGAUAUUUCUGUAUUCUAAAGCUCCUGGGCAUUUUUAU